CAGAAGCAGAUUUUGGAGUACAACCUGCGCACCCAGCGGCAGAACAACAGGCCGCCAGACUUCCCCGCCUUUGUGCGCGAGGGCUACGACAUGACGGUGCUGGGCGACGGCUACCAGCGGAGCCCCGACGGGCUCAUCUUCAAGGACUUUGUGGAGGGCAGCGGGGAGCUGCCCGUGGACGGCCAGCAAGUCAUCUUCGACUACACCGCGUACAACGAGGCGGCGGCCACCAUCGACUCCUCCUAUCGCAAGGGCCAGCCCGCGCAGACGCAGCUAGGCAUCCAGGGCCUCAUACCGGGCUUUGAGCUGGGCAUCAAGAGCAUGAAGCCGGGGGGCAAGCGGCGCAUCGUGGUGCCCCCGGAGCUGGGCCCGCCCGUGGGCCCCUCCACCUUCUUCUCCGCCAAGCAGUACGAGGUGUUUGAUGUGGAGCUGCGGGCCGUCAAGUCGUGCAGGCGC